AUGGGUAAAAUUUUGAAACGAAUCGCCUUCGUAGGGGGUAGAUAUAAACAUUCAAGAAUGGCAGAAGAUUUGGAUGUAGAGGCUAUGCUUGAAGCCCCAUAUAAUAAAUCGAACUUUGUGGAUAACACUUCCUCUUCAAAGCAUCGUUCGGACAAGCACUCUGAUAAGCACAGAGAUAGGGAAAAGGAUGGCAGUCGAAGGCGCAGUAGGUCAAGAGAUAGAAGAAGAUCGCGUGAAAGGGAUUCUCGCCGCUCAAGGGAUAGAGACGAAAAAAGAAAUAAGGAAAAAGAUAGGGAUCGAGAGCGAAAGGACCGUGACAAAGAUCGCAAUGAUCGAAACCAUAAAGAUAAAGAUAGAGACAAAGAUAAAGAACGGGAAAGAGAAAGAGAUAGGGAGAAAAGACGUAGUGGUGAUAAGGAGCGUAGUAAAGAAAGAGAACGUAGUCGCGACAGGCACAACAGACGUGAGAGAAGUCGUGAAAUAGAACCAAAUAAAGAAUAUCGCUCAAAAUCUAGAGGUGUCGAGCCUAAAUUGGAAGACUUACCUCCAGAAGAACGAGAUUUACGAACAGUUUUUUGUAUGCAAUUAUCUCAACGCAUACGAGCAAAAGAUCUUGAAGAGUUCUUUUCCUCCGUUGGUAAAGUACGAGAUGUUAGACUUAUCACAUGCAACAAAACGAGAAGGUUUAAGGGUAUAGCAUAUAUAGAAUUUAAAGAUGCAGAGUCGGUGCCUUUAGCAUUAGGCUUAACUGGACAAAAAUUACUUGGGGUUCCAAUAAUAGUUCAACAUACACAAGCUGAGAAAAACAGAGUUGGCAACACUCUGCCAAACUUAGCUCCAAAGACCAGUAACGGCCCAACAAGACUUUAUGUUGGUUCAUUGCACUUUAACAUUACUGAAGACAUGUUAAGAGGUAUUUUUGAGCCUUUUGGAAAAAUUGAUCACAUUCAGCUUAUGACAGACCCAGAAACAGGCAAAAGUAAAGGAUAUGGUUUUCUCACGUUCCAUCAUGCAUCAGAUGCAAAGAAAGCCAUGGAACAAUUAAAUGGAUUUGAACUAGCAGGAAGACCAAUGAAAGUAGGAAAUGUUACUGAACGCACGGAUGGUGGAUCUAGUACUCGAUUUGAUGCAGACGAACUAGAUAGAGCUGGUGUUGAUCUUGGAGCAACUGGCCGACUUCAACUUAUGUUUAAACUUGCAGAAGGCACAGGACUGCAAAUACCACCUGCUGCAGCCUCUGUAUUAAUGGGAACAGGUUCAAAUCUUGUAUCACCACAGCCACAAGUAGCACCACCAAUUGCAACACAAUGCUUUAUGCUUAAUAAUAUGUUUGAUCCUGCCUCAGAAACCAAUCCUAAUUGGGAUAUAGAAAUAAGAGAUGAUGUUAUUAGUGAAUGUAAUAAACAUGGCGGAGUACUACAUGUCUAUGUAGAUAAAGCAUCACCACAAGGGAAUGUAUACUGCAAAUGUCCAACAAUUGCUACAGCUGUUGCAUCUGUAAAUUCACUACAUGGCCGUUGGUUUGCAGGAAGAGUUAUUACAGCAGCUUAUGUGCCUCUUGUCAAUUAUCAUUCCCUAUUCCCUGAUGCCAUGACUGCUCUAUCACUUCUCCUACCAUCAAGGCAACGA